CCGAGGCCGGGGAGGAUGCAUGGCGGGCGCAGGGCAGCGGAGCGGGGUGCCUGGGGGGCCGGGGCCGGGGCCCGACGAGCCCGAGGAGGUGAGCGGCUGGCGCUGCCCAGAGCAUCGCGACCGCGUUGUCGAGCUCUUCUGUCGCCGCUGCCGCCUCUGCGUGUGCGCGCUUUGCCCGGUGUUGGGCGCGCACCGCGGCCACCCGGUCGGCCUGGCGCUGGAGGAGGCUAUGCACGUGCAGAAACUCACCCAAGAAUGUUUAAAGCAGUUGGCAACCAAGAAGCAGCAGGAAGUUGGUAAUAUCGCCCAGAUAGAGGACGCCGAAGAGAAGCUCAAGGCUCAUGCAGAGUCAAGUAAAACCUGGCUGACGGGGAAAUUCUCUGAACUUAGAUUACUACUUGAUGAAGACGAAGUGCUGGCCAAGAAAUUCAUUGAUAAAAGCAUGCAGCUUGUCCUCCAGAUGUACAGGGAGCAAGCUGAGUCUUGCAGGGAGCAAAUUGAUAUCAUAAACGACCUCUCCAACAGGGUCUGGAGCAUCAGUCAGGAGCCCUGUCCUGUACAGCGGCUGCAGGCGUACACGGCCACCGAGCAGGAGAUGCAGCGGCAUAUGUGCCUCGGGGAGCUGUGCCACCCCGUGCCCCUCUCCUUCGAGCCCGUCAAGAGCUUCUUUAAGGGCCUCGUGGAAGCCAUGCAGAGUACGUUGCAGACGCCAGUGGACGUUCGCAUUAAGGAAAACAUGAACUGCCAGCUCUCGGGCUCCUCCGGCACCAAGCCAGGUACCCUGUUGAAAAUCAGCCCCUCACCUGAGCGAUCGCUCUUCUUAAAAUACGCGCGCACGCCCACGCUGGAGCCGGACACGAUGCACGCGCGCCUGCGCCUCUCCGCAGACCGUCUGACUGUGCGCUGCGGCCUACUGGGCCGCCUGGGGCCGGCGCCCGCGCUGCGGUUCGACGGGCUCUGGCAGGUGCUGGGCCGCGACUGCUUCGCCGCCGGCCGCCACUACUGGGAGGUGGACGUGCAGGAGGCGGGCGCCGGCUGGUGGGUGGGCGCGGCCUACGCCUCCCUGCGGCGCCACGGGUCCUCGGCCGCCGCCCGCCUGGGCUGCAACCGCCAGUCCUGGUGCCUCAAGCGCUACGACCUCGAGUACUGGGCCUUCCACGACGGCCAGCGCAGCCGCCUGCAUCCCCGCGACGACCCCGACCGGCUCGGCAUCUUCCUGGACUACGAGGCCGGCGUCCUCGCCUUCUACGAUGUGACGGGUGGCAUGAGCCACCUGCACACCUUCCGUGCCACCUUCCAAGAGCCGCUGUACCCGGCCCUGCGGCUCUGGGAAGGGGCCAUCAGUAUCCCUCGGCUGCCUUAGGGGCCAAGGCCUGAGUGACCUUCCCCGGCCCUCUUGUCUCACCUGGUCUCACCUAGAGCAGAGUGGCUGUUCUACUUCCUACUUUCUAAGCCCCUCUGUCUACCCCAGCCCUCCCCCACAAGUCACGCCCAGUGCUGUGACCCGUCCCUCUCCCACGCUAGUUUCAAACACGUCCUAGACACACGCCUGCUGCUGCUCUCUUAUCAGACCUCCCCACACACAGACACCGCCACUGUCACACUGCACUACUUUUAGUCCAGGGUCCUGAAAGUGACAUAGCCACAGGUGAGCCCUAAGCAUCCUAACGUUGUCUGAAUACGUCAUGCUCAGCCUGAGAGCCUCCUCCCUCCUACAGCACGUGAACCUGGCACAUAGUAGGCACACAGUAAAUGUGUGUGAAUAAAUGACAGUCGCCUGGCCCUGCUCUUCUAUCCCUUAAGGUCCCUUGGAUCUGCCUCCUCUCCACCUUCUUCAGCUUGUCCACAUCACCUCCCUCCGGAGCUUCUUAACACUCCCUGGCCUGAACCCUCUCCCAUCCUCAUCUUCCACGCCAAACCCAGACUGAUCUAUCUAAAACCUCACUUAACCUCUUAGAAAUUUGAAGAGGCUCCCAGGGACUACAUGGAAAAACAAAAAACAAGCUCUUUCCCUUAGCAUUCAAGGCUUUUCUAGUCUGCCCGAGACCACUUACCCUCAUCUAGCUCUUGCUGCUCUUCAGAGACCCUCCAAUCAGAAGUGUGAGUCACACAGUUCUCUCUCUGCAUCUUGGCCUUUGCUGCUGUCCUGCCCACGCCGCAUGGGCCCACAUUUGUAGAGGAAAACCUUGUCUGCCUCAGUCUUCCUCAGGCCACAAGAAUCACUCUCCUUACAAAUUUGGGACCUACCUUUCCAACUUGAUUGGAAGUUUUUGGAGGGCAGCUAUGUCCACCUACACCCUCCCCACCCUGCACAGUCCAGAAAGUGCCUUCCCUCCCAAGCAGUCAGUUCAUAACCAGCAGGUGCCUAUCACUGAAUCACAGAACAGCUGAUCUGGGAAGGCUUCACGGAUCAUCCGGCCUGACCUCAUUGUACAAUGGGGGAGACUAAGGUCCUGAAAGAACUGGAAAGCUGCUUAAAGUUACCCAUUGUGAUUUAGGGCUGAACCAGGCCUGCGGCCCAGACCCGUGCCCCACCCACCAGCCCCCAGGCAAGUGUCUGACCUGUCCCUUGGCCCAGUUUUCAGGCCCAGCUUUCAAGCUGGGAGAUUUUACUUACUCAUUUCUCAGGGGAUGUUGGGAAGGAAUCAGCAGGGACUAUUGCUAAGCAACCACUGGCAGUUUUCCCCACUGUCUUGGGACAAAAAGGAGACGAGUUAAGUGCGGUUUGGGCAGCCCUAGCCGGACAUCCCCAUGCUCCUCAGAUCCCUCAGACCAAGAUGUUGCCAAGGAAACCCAGAGAGCCCAGCUUUCUGCAAUGAAGUGACAGAAAGAGAGAACCAGCAGCUCCUUUAGCAGGGAGAGGUAGGCCCCCUUCCCAGGGCCUGUGCCUUGGUUCUGAGGGUUCAGCAUCCUGAUUUGUCAAUUCCCUAGACAGUUUUGAAGUCUCGCUGUGUUAAAGCAUCUUCUUAGGUGCUUGGUGGGAGGACAGUGGGAGGGUGAGGAAAACACAAGACUGAAUCCCCCUCACAGUUUAAACAGACUCUCAGUGUGUUAAUUAGUUUGAAUCAUAUAAAACUGUCCAUUUUCAAUAGUUUUUGACUUAGAAAUGGUGCUUUCAUACGGGGCAAUGUAAUAUAAGAAUACAAGGCACCUCAAAAGUGCCUUUACUUCUAACCAAAUAACUUAAAACUCUAGCUAGGUAGGUGUCUAAGUACUAUGCUUCAGAAAUCCUGAGAAAAGGGGAAAUUAGUUCUACUAAUUAAAAUUCUAAUUAAUUUGGAAAUGGCCCAAAGCUGAAUUGUGAUGGGCAGAAGACAUUCCUGACAGAGGGAAGUUAAUACACUUGACCCCACAUCUCUGUCCAUCCCUGAAGACCAAGGCCUGUUCCCAAACCCACAGCCACAGGGGCUAAGUAAUAAGACAGUUCUCAUGGUCUUGCAGUGCGCUGUGCUCACACUUUACAGCUAACCUCACUUGACCCUUGGGGGUAGAAAGUUAUCUCAGGCCUCCAGAGGGCAAAAUGGAGACCCAGAAUGAGUCACUUGCCCAAGGUCACACAGCUAGUGGUGGAGCUGGGGUCUGGGCCCAGGCUGUGAGCUCUAGGUCUGUGCUCAUGUCCACCAGGCACUGUUGCUCAGGGUGGACACAGCUGGUCUCUGGCCAGCACGUGCUCACUGUGGCCCCCUCUCAUUGAGUUACUGCCUCUGAUGCUUUGCUUCUGCCUGGUCACUCCGUGGGACUUGACUGUUCCUUUGGAUUACCUUCCUUGGGACCUGAGAUGAGGCCUUACACCCAAAGGGGGACUAGUUUUGAGAGUUUGGGACUCAUGUAGCAGAAACAGAACUGGACUAUGCAGGCUGACAACUGGCUCUGUGCCAAGGCCUGUGCUAGCCAGAAAACUGCAGUCUCAGUCCAUGAUCAAUUGUGUGACCUCAGGCUAGUCACUUUUUAUUUGUCGGUGUCAUUUGUAAAACGGGGGUAAGGACACUAACUACCAGUGCUGUGAGGCUCAAAUGGGCCAAAGGUUAUGGACUUGCCUUAAAAACCGUAGUGCUGUAUCAUGCGAGGAUCUGUUAGCAUCCCCAGUGGCGUUCCCAUUGUACUGUCAGAGUGCUGAGACAACUGAUACUCCCAGCUGCCACCUGGCAGUAGCAGGAACCUCCCUGAAUAUUCUCAGCAUAGGAAUGAAGCUUCCUUGGGCCAUGUCUAUAGAGUACUGUCAAUUUACCUUAUUCCCUGUCAGAUUUUAGUUUGUAGAUGAAAAUUCUUUAUUGAUGUGACAAAUUGCUUCCAGAUAUUUUUAAAUGACAGCAAUUUUCUAAUACGUGGUUUAAUAAAGCAUGAAUAUUGUCUC